GGGCGUGGCUCCGCCCCACGGCGGUGUAGGGGGUGGCCGGAGAGCGGAGCAGCCGAGCUCGGGUGGUGGGCGCUGAAGUCCCCGCUGAGGGGCUGGGAGGCAUCGCCGUCGCUCCGGGAAAGGGCAGGGAGUGAAACUAUGUAGGCUUUAAGAGACUUGCUUUGCCCCACCUGAAGUCCAUAUGGCUCUGUAUGAUGAAGAUCUUCUGAAAAAUCCUUUCUAUCUGGCUCUUCAAAAGUGGCGUCCUGACUUGUGCAACAAGGUCGCCCAAAUCCAUGGCAUUGUCUUAGUGCCCUGCAGAGGAAGCCUGUCCAGCAGUGUGCAGUCGGCUUGUCAAUUUGAGUCCUAUAUUUUGAUACCAGUGGAAGAACAUUUUCAGACCUUAAAUGGGAAGGAUGUCUUCAUACAAGGAAACAGGAUUAAAUUAGGAGCUGGUUUUGCCUCUCUUCCCUCAGUGCCCAUUCUCUUUGAAGAAACUUUCUACAAUGAAAAGGAAGAAAGUUUCAGCAUACUGUGUAUAGCCCAUCCUUUGGAAAAGAGAGAGAGUUCAGAAGAGCCUUCAGCAUCCUCAGAUUCCUUUUCCUUGAAAACCAUCGAAGAUGUGAGAGAGUUUUUGGGGAGACACUCAGAGAGAUUUGACAAGAGCAUUGCCUCUUUCCAGAGAACUUUCAGAGAACGUGACCGCAAGAGCCUGCGCCAUCACAUAGACUCGGUGAACGCUCUCUACACCAAAUGCCUCCAGCAGCUCCUGAGGGACUCUCACUUGAAAGUGCUGGCCAAGCAGGAGGCCCAGAUGAACCUGAUGAAGCAGGCGGUAGAGAUGUACGUCCAGCAUGAUAUUUAUGAUCUAAUCUUUAAAUAUGUGGGGACCAUGGAGGCAAGUGAGGAUGCCGCCUUUAACAAAAUCACAAGAAGCCUUCAAGAUGUCCAGCAGAGAGAUAUUGGUGUGAAACCUGAGUUCAGCUUCAAUAUACCUCGUGCAAAGAGAGAACUGGCUCAGCUGAACAGGUGCACCUCACCGCAGCAGAAGUUGGUUUGUUUGCGAAAGGUGGUGCAGCUAAUUACACAUUCUCCUAGCCAGAGAGUUAACUUGGAGACCAUGUGUGCUGAUGAUCUGCUAUCGGUCCUGUUAUAUUUGCUUGUGAAAACGGAGAUCCCUAAUUGGAUGGCAAAUUUGAGUUAUAUCAAAAACUUCAGGUUUAGCAGCUCGGCCAAAGAUGAAUUGGGAUACUGCCUGACCUCUGUUGAGGCUGCAAUCGAAUAUAUUCGUCAAGGAAGCCUCUCCGUUAAGCCGCCCGAGUCGGAGGGAUUUGGUGACAGACUGUUCCUGAAGCAGAGAAUGAGCCUGCUGUCUCAGAUGGCUUCAACUCCCAUCGACAGUCUGUUUCAGCACAUUGCAUCAGGCAACCAGAAAGAAGUGGAAAGACUUCUGAGUCAAGAAGACCAAGAUAAAGAUGCCAUCCAAAAGAUGUGCCACCCUCUGUGCUCCUGUGACAGCUGUGAGAAGCUCGUCUCUGGGAGGCUAAAUGACCCCUCAGUCGUCACUCCAUUCUCCCGAGAUGACAGGGGCCAAACACCGCUCCAUGUGGCUGCCCUCUGUGGGCAGGCGUCCCUCAUUGACCUCCUGGUUUCCAAAGGUGCUGUGGUGAACGCCACGGACUAUCAUGGGUCAACCCCGCUUCACCUUGCGUGUCAGAAGGGCUAUCAGAGCGUGGCGCUGCUGCUGUUACACUACAAGGCCAGCACCGAGGUGCAAGAUAAUAAUGGCAACACCCCUCUCCACCUGGCCUGCACCUAUGGUCAUGAAGACUGUGUGAAGGCUCUGGUCUACUAUGAUGUGCAGUCGUGCAGACUAGACAUCGGUAAUGAGAAAGGAGACACUCCACUGCAUGUCGCUGCACGCUGGGGUUACCAAGGCAUCAUAGAGACGUUGCUACAGAAUGGAGCAUCCACAGAGAUCCAGAACAGACUGAAGGAGACACCCCUCAAGUGUGCAUUAAAUUCAAAGAUUCUGUCUAUAAUGGAAGCCCGCCAUCCGUCCUUUGAAAGGAGGCAGAAGUCUUCAGAAAUCCCUGUGCAGUCCCCUCAGCACUCCAUGGACUCCAUCAGCCAGGGCUCCUCCACCUCCAGCUUCUCCUCCGUGUUGGUGAGCUCCAGGCGAGAGGAGCCCCAGGAUUACAGAGAGGUAGAAAAACUUUUAAGAGCAGUUGCUGAUGGAGAUCUAGAAAUGGUGCGGUACCUUUUGGAGUGGACAGAAGAGGACCUGGAUGAAGUGGAAGAUGCUGUCAGUGCUGUGGAUCUUGAAUUUUGCCACCCCUUAUGCCAGUGCCCCAAAUGUGCUCCAGCUCAAAAGAAGCUGGCAAAGAUUGCUGCCGGUGGGCUUGGUGUGAAUGUGACCAACCAGGAUGGCUCUACCCCACUGCACGUUGCUGCCCUGCAUGGCAGGGAGGACCUCAUCACCCUCCUGCUGAAGCAUGGUGCCAGUGCAGGUGCCAGAAAUGUAAACCAAGCUGUCCCACUCCACCUGGCCUGCCAGAAAGGUCACUUUCAGGUGGUGAAGUGUCUAUUAGAUUCUAAUGCAAAACCCAAUAAAAAGGAUCUAAGUGGGAACACACCCCUCAUCUAUGCCUGUUCCAACGGCCACCACGAAGUUGCCGCACUGCUGCUGCAGCAUGGGGCCUCCAUUAAUGUUUCUAACAAUAAGGGCAACACAGCCCUGCACGAGGCUGUGAUGGAAAAGCAUGUCUUCGUGGUGGAGCUGCUUCUGCUUCACGGAGCAUCAGUUCAGGUGUUGAACAAGAGGCAGUGCACAGCUAUAGAUUGUGCUGAACAGAAUUCAAAAAUAAUGGAAUUACUUCAGGUAGUACCAAGCUGUGUGGCCACAUUAGACGAUGUUGGCGAAGCAGACCCUGACCCCCAGGAGUAUGUUACUGUUAAGAUCAGGAAAAAAUGGAACUCAAAAUAUGAUCUGCCAGAUGAACCUUUUACAAGACAGUUUUACUUUGUCCACACAGUUGGUCAGUUUAAGGGAAGAACUUCAAGGGAGAGUAUGGCACGAGGUAGAAGUGUCCCUAAUUUUACUGAUGAUUCCUUGCUUGAGCCAGGGACCCAGAGAGUCACAUGGAAACAGAAUAACCUCCCAGACCAGGGCAGAUCUCCACCUGCUGACAAAGGAAAUGGUGAUCAGCCCAAGAGGCCUGGACUGAAACAGACUGCCCCUGGGAGCAGGCAUCUGCUCCUCAGACACGCAGUCAAUGAUGCAGCUGUAGCCAAGAGCCCAGAGACUGCUGGCAACCUAACUGCUCCCCAAGGAGCUCCUAUUUCCCAGUCUUAACAGUCAUUAAGGAAUUGCUAAAUUGCUGCCGAGAAGUGAGUUCUCAACAAGAUGAUCCUGAGCAGGGGUGCAGCUUAGAACUAAAACUAUUUAGCUUGGGGAAAGGCAGGAAGCUCCUGAAAGCUUUUCUGUGUCUGAGGCAAACAAUGCACUGAAGAAAAUUACCACCAUUUUUUUCCUCUUCAGAGCUACUUAAUAUACCUGAGAAGGAAUGGACAGAACUCCAGCGGUGUUUAGAUUCUUAAGACCAGGGUGUAUGUUUCUUCUGAAGUAUUAAGGCUUCCUUGGUUACAGUGAGAGGUUUUAUCACCAGAUUCUGACCUCCUCGUACUGAAAGGUGCUAAACCUCUGUGAUAUGUAUAAAGCAGCAAACUACAAAUUCCUCCAUCUGAGAUAAGCUCAAGAGAAUCAAUUUCGGUUUCAUGGUACUAAGGAGGCCGGGCAGAAAUGUCACAAUUGAAUAAAGAAAACAGGGCCUGCAAAAUGUUCCUUUGCAAAGUGACACUUGAAUCCAAAGAUGCCUAAAUGCCAUUUUAAUGUUCAUUUAGUAAAAAGGACAUACUGACCUGGUCUGUGAUAGGUACGUGGAAAAAGUUGGGUAUAAUUUUUCUUCCAACAAACUAAGUUCCGAUAUUUGAUCACUGCACAUAUGCACCUGUAGCAGUGUCUCUAGAGACGUCCCUGUAAGGCGCCUUCCUUACAUGUCACACCUGACAGGUGGUUACUGAACUAGAGAGUAGAUUUGGCACAUCUUUUCUUAGUCUUUUGAUUCAGAUUGAACACGUACAGCACAAACUAGGUCAAAGUUACUUUAAGUUAGAAUUUGCCAUUUAUUCCUUUUUAUGAAUUUAUAUAUACUUAUUUUUUUAUGUUAUUAAUUGGUCUAGAGCCACAAACAUGGGUUUGUUCUGAGUACAUUUUCAAAUAACGUUGUAAUAAGGAAAUGGUUUUUGUGCAUGUUCUUGGAAACACUUGUGUAUGUAUAGAAGGGAGGGACUGAUUAUUUUUCUACAAAGUAAUUUAUGAUUUCUAAUUUUCUAAUGUGCCUUGGAUAUGUGCCAAAUGAUGGAAAAGAAACAGUAAACUUUAUGAUUUUUGA